AUGGGAAAUUCAAGCUCUCUACCUUUCGUGCUGCGGCCCGAAUUCAUUGUACCAGUAUUGAUUGUCAUAUUGGUAUUUUCUUUAUGCGUUUCAUUAUUGGUCUACAGAUUCCUAACACGAAGAAGAAGGAGGGAUGGAAGCUCCGAACCUCUUUGGUUAUUGGCAGGAGGAUUAUUUAGAAAAUCAUCAUCCCGACGACAGUCGUCUACAAACAGUGAAGAAUUUGAAGAAACAUUGCCUUUAACCAGUAGCAAAAAUUUGACUGGUUACUAUAACCAUCAUCAAGAAAAUUCAUCAUGGCUUGAUGGCUUCUCUAAUUUGUUUACACCUCGAAAACGAACCGAGGAAAAUUCGGAGGAGAAUUUUACGGUGUCAUCUGAGCUAUUGUUCCAAGUGAAACUUUUCUUGAGAACAACGGAUUAUGAGCUUGUAGAGAAGAAGGAAACAUUGAAAUUAUUGCUGGACUCAAAAAAAACGCAUACCAAAAACAAUGCUUUCAAAACUUUUGUUUUUUGCGAGAAUACAUCAUCCACAAAUACUAUAGCAACAAUCAUUUGUACGAAUACGACGAAACAACCAUUUUCAUUGAUAACAGAUUUAAGUUGCAAGAGAGCGUUCUUACAAUUUAUGUCAGGACUUGGUCAAUUAUCACCGUAUAUCCUCAACGUGAUACACAUUGAUUUAGACGGCCAAGGAAAGUGUUUCGCUCUUGUUCCUUAUAUGAGCGAAGGAGCGUUAUUUGAUUUGUUGGAAAAAACGAAGCGAGAAAAUCCUAACAUACAAUCUUUCAUGGAUCCAGAUAGUAUCAGCCAACUUUCUGGCCAAAUAUUGUGUGCCUUAAAAGUUCUUCAACAAAUAGGGAUUGAAUUUACUCAUUUAUCUACAAAGAAUAUCUUGAUUGAAAAGUCAAAUGAUAUUUCCUCAAGCGUACCCUAUACAUGCAAAUUAAGUUGUUUGGAAGAUCAAUUUUUAUUAUUUUCAAGAAAUACAUUUACGAACACAGCCAAGAAUGCAGUUGAAGCAUUUGGAUUUGUUCUCUAUGAGAUGUGUACAGGUAUACCUUGCAAAGCUGCCACAGAUAUUAAUUUGGAUAGAGUAUUAUACGCCUCAUUCAGGAAAAUUUUGAAUGACAUUUUCCCAUUGUCACUCGCUCAUGAAACGUCAACCUCUCAAACACAUACAAGUGUGACGUUAGAUCAACUAUUGAACGAUGAAGCAUUUUAUUGCGAUCCAAAUGUUGUUGCUUCCAUGAAAAAUCAAGAAGUGCAAAUGGGAUCUGGGCUAAAAUCACUGCUAGAAAAGCUUCACCAAUUCCAAACACAAACCAAAAGAGUCCAAAUCACACACUGA